AUGGAGAUCGAAAAGUCUGUUGGAUGGCCGGGGGUUGAUCGGUAUGCGCGUUCCGGUCAAGAUCGUUAUGGUGUUAUGACCCGCGUCUAUUACAAAGAUGCUCACGCCGCUAUUGUUGUCAUGGAUGCAACAAGAGAGAGAACUAUUGAAGGAGCUCUUCGUUGGAAAGCCGAUCUUGAUGAGAAAGUGACUUUAGCGGAUGGUACUCCAGUUCCUGCCAUUAUAGUGGCUAACAAGUGCGAUGUUGAAAACAGUCUAACUGAUGACAAGCUUUUGGACUUGGAGACUAGUCAUGGAUUUGUUGGAUCGUUCCGCACAUCCGCUAAAGAAAAUUUCGGAAUUGAUGAAGCCUUUAAAACUUUGGCAUCUACAAUUCUCACCAGCGAACAAGGAGGUCAAUAUGAUAUUCCAUUCCUACAUCGAGAGAGAAAUGUCAAUCUUACGGACACACCAAUGUGCCAAGCCGCUUUCAAGUCCUGCGUGAAACGUCCGUCGUGCCACACCGAAAAGAAAAUAUUCGAUGAAUGUUUCGAUGCAUCUGUGUCAGCCACGCACAUGUCAACAUCUUCAGAAACGACAACGAACGAUGGUGAUACUAAAAAACAAACUAGUUCAACCGAAAAAAAAUUCAAAUAUAACGACAUGCUGAGAUUUUUCACGGAAAAAUCAUUGAAAUUUCGCUCUGCACUUGAUCAAUGUUUCGUUCGAAGUCCGUUUGUUCCAAAAAGAACAUUCUUUGGACCAGCAAUAUUAGAUGAGGAUGCGGCGUAUGGAAGAGCUAUAUAUCAAUUUGACCUAGCAGAUAAGUUAUGGGGAUUACCUGAAUUAACAAUCACAAGACCAAGCUUGGAUACUUAUGCAGUCUGUGGCACACAUGUGUCCGGCUUACGAUUGUUUGGCAGUGGAAUAAGUAGGACAUCAUCGUCAGCAGAUCCAAAAAGUAACAACAUAACUUCGGCUUGCAUGCUGGAUGAGGACGAAUUAAAUUGCUAUAGAAAUACUUUGGACUUGAACAAUGAAUAUGUUCAACUCGUCUAUAAUCGGGAUUACACCUUAAGAAGUUGUAUUCAAGGUAUAAGGCAACAAUCAGUUUGCCGAAUGAACGAUCGGUCUCGCUUGAGAGCAUGCUUAUGUGGGGUUCGAGAGCAUUAUGAUAAUGAUAUUCAAAGCGCAAUAAUUCAAUGCAUUAAAUCAAGAUUUCCCGAGCCUCCAUCAUUGGUUGUUGAAUUAAGUAGUAGUCUUGACUCAGCUCCAAAAAAAACCAUGCAAGUUCAAGUACAACCAACACCGCUCGUUUUUGACACUCCAGGAGCUGUUAUAAAUGGCCAAUGCAUGUGUUCGUGUGAAUCCAAAAGCACAUUGACAAAAAUACAAAAAGAUGACGAGAUGCCGCCGCAAUCUAAAUCAGAAUUGUCUCCUGCUGCAAAAAUAAAGCAGAAUUCUCCGCGUUUAAUGAUGCCUGCAGACGCAGCUGGAAAAGUGUUUUGGAACGGUCGUUCAUAA